AAUCGAAAUCUUCAAUAAGCGGCAUAGUGUAGCAAUUGAGCAAGAGGUUGUAAACGUCUUGUAUACACGUAAACUGUUUUGUAUUGACCUUCCUAUUGAUAUCUUCCCGUCCUGGUCUGCAGAGGUCAAGGAGAUGAAUGAUAAUGAAGGCAACCUGCAACGAAAUUACCUGGAGUUGAUUGAGUUACGUUACAUCGUCAAGCUCACCGACCAGUACUUCGAAGAGUCAAAGCGACAGUAUGUGCCAUGGAAGAAAAACAUAUCGAACUUUCCCCAAACACGGCAGGUGGGACACUGUACCGGAGUGAUCCCCAGAGAACGCUACGUCGCCUUCGAGCGAGUUAUGUGGAGAGGCACACGCGGUAAUGUGUACAUGCGUCACGUGAACAUUGAUGAGAAGCUCAAAGACCCUGUCUCAGGCGAGAUGAUCGACAAGGUUGUGUUCGUGGCCUUCUACCAGGGAGAUGUACUGGAGAGCAAGGUCAAGCGCAUCUGUGAUGGCUUUGGGGCGACUAACUACCCCUGCCCCGAGGCGUAUGAAGAGCGUAGAGCUCUACAGACUCGGGUUGCUGCUGGCAUUGAAGAAUUGCAGAUGGUGUUGGGCCGUACUGCCGAUUUCCGAAAGCGUGUGCUGGGCGAUAUUGCCGACUCGUAUGAAGAAUGGUACAUCAAGACGUUGAAGAUGAAAGCCACUUACCAUACGAUGAAUAUGUUCAACUUCGACGUGUCUGAAUCUGCGCUAAUUGCCGAGGGUUGGGUGCCCACGGCCAAACUAGCUGAUGUGCAGAGUGCACUCAAGGAUGUUACGGAUCGACUAGGCUCAGGAGUACCCACAAUUGUAAAGACCACGCACACAUUCGAUAUGCCACCCACGUACCAUAUCACCAAUAAGUUUACAAGUGCGUUCCAG